GUAUUUGAUGAAUAGUUCAGUUGUAUUUUGUCUGUUAAUUUAAAGAUUAACAUUACGUCCUAAAUUUAAACCCACCUUAUCAAAUACUCAAAAUGAAACAAACUGUCGAUCAAAAUGAAGCCGUACUUUCCGAGGCUCUAUUGAAAAUAGCAAAACGUGAAUUACGUGAAGAUAAAUGUACACGUGAACAAAGUUUAGAACAAUUUCGCAAUUGGUUAACGAAAAACGAAGAUAUACUCAAUAUGCGUAUGGAUGAUCAUUUUCUGUUGCGUUUCUUGAGAGCCAAAAAGUUUAGUGUACCCAUGGCUGAACAAACACUACUCAAGUACCUCAAUGUCAAGCGUACAUUUCCUGAAUAUACGACACAAUUGGAUUUGAAUGAUGAAAAGAUUUAUGAUGUUCUAAACAGUGGUUAUAUAUUUGCCACACCCAAACGUGAUAAGAAUGGAAGACGUGUGGUGAUCAUCAAUGCCAAAGGUUUUAAUGCCAAGAAAUAUAGCAGCAUGGAUCAGGCCAAAGCUCAUUUCUUAACCUAUGAAUAUCUCAUGGAAGAUCCUCAGACACAAGUUUUGGGUUUAACACAUGUGGGUGAUUUCUCGGGCGUAACCACCGCCCAUGUUACCAACUGGAAUCCCACAGAAUUUGCUCGGCUCUUCAAAUGGGGCGAACAGUCAUUGCCUUUAAGACAUAAAGAGAUACAUUUGGUAAAUGUACCCUCUACUCUCAAAUGGUUGAUUGAUUUUGUUAAAAAUCGUGUCAGUUCUAAAAUACGCAAUCGUCUUACCGUCUAUACCAACGAUAAAGAUUUAACCAAAGCUGUUGAUCCCGAAUGUUUGCCCUUAGAGUUGGGUGGCAAAAUGCCUCUUAAUGAAAUGGUAGAAUUAUGGAAACAAGAAUUAAAAGAAAAACGUGAUGUUAUUGUUAAAUUAGAUGAAAUUAGACUGCUUAGCGAUCGUGGUAUACAGCGUAAGAGUUCUUAUAAUGCCGAAAAGAGCAGUGGACAACCUACUUUCGUGUCGCAAAUCGAAUCAAUACAAGGAAGUUUUCGAAAAUUGGAAUUUGAUUAAAAGUGAAUUGAUCUUAUAAAAUUUUUAAAUGAUUGUUAUAUAAAUAUUGUUAUUAGUUUUAAGUUAAUUAACAUUAUGUACAUCUGUUUAGAUUAAAAUGCACAUUUUUUUAUUGUUUUUUUUUACAUUUAUGAUUUAUACAUGAUUAUUUUCAAAACGUUUUGUUUUGAUCGACAUUAAUUUAAGAAAUAAAGCACAUGAAUAAAAAUUACAUUUUCAAGAAUAUUUCUUUUAAUGUUGGCCUUAUAGAUCCAGUAUCUUUUUCU